GUGUCUGUGUGUGUGUGUGUGUGUAUGUGUGUGUGUGUGUGUGUGUUGGAAGGUUGUGAUCCGUGGGGGAUAAUAGCAAGCGCCACGAAAGCCACUUGGAGUUUGGCAAGGUGUAGGCAGCGCUCCUCUCUCUCAUCAGGAAAACACUGUGUAAAUUUCCCGGGCCGACGUGGCUCACACAGCGGCAAGGAAGCGGAGAGGCGGGGCAGAGCAGAGCACGAGUCAUUGAGGGUGGUGCUGUGUGAACGGCUAACUGCGGUGGUGAAUGCAACGUGAAAUAGAAAGUAACGAAAAGUGAUACGAAUGAAAAAACCAUGACAACAGUGGUGCAGGAGAAAAAUGCAGAAACAGACACCUGUCACGGUGCUGCUCAGGAGCUUCCCCUAGCACCCACCACCACCACCACCACCACUCCUGACACCACCUUGACAUUACAGAACGUUUCCCUGGACAGGAAGUCUGACCUACGGCGGUCGUGGACGCUCAUCUUGUCCUACCUGCUGACGGAGAUGGUGAAGCAGCUGAGUAACUAUGCGGCGACGCAGACUGGCGACGGUGCCUCCCCCCUGCCCCCGGUGCUGCUGGUGCUGCUUACUGAGCUGACCAAACUGGUGCUAGUGCUGUGUUGGGCUGUGGUGAGCGGGUCCCGGAUGAGUGAGUGGACGCCCUCCUUUAGGUUCGGGGUUCCUGCCACCUGCUACCUGGUCACCAACGUGCUGUACCUGCUGGCGCUCAGAAGCACUGCCCCGCCCCUCUGGCUCAUGCUUAUCCAGACCAGGACCUUCUACGCUGUUGGUGUCUACCACGUUGUGUUCGGGCGGGAUGUGUCCUGGGGCCAGAUGACGGGCUGCCUCCUGGUGGUGGCCAGCCUGCCACUGGCUCAUGCAAGUGAGCUAGAAGAAGGUCGCCCCGCCCUUCUCCCUUCUACCCUCAUGGCCUCUCAGACAGCGGCCUUCCUAUCUACCAUGGCCUCCAUCGUCAUUGAGGUGAGUUGUGAGAAGGGGCAUGAAGUGGGAAUCAGGAAUCAGGAGAUGGUGAGGCUGAGGUACACAGGCAAGGUUUCAGCGUGCAUAGCUCGUCCUCCCUCCGUCUUUCUUCUUCAGCUCCUGCUUAAGAACGACUCCCGGAGCUUCUGUGAGCAGCAGACGUGGCUGUACUGCUGGAGUGGCUUCAUGGCCGCCAUUGGCCUGGCCCUGCAGGCUCCGCCCCUGGCCCUCUCCCGCUUUAACCUGCAGUCCCCGUCCACGUGGUGCUGCGUGCUGGCCGUGGUGUCCUCGGCGGUGUCUGGCCUGUGUGUCCCCGUCAUCAUCAGGAGCCUGGACACUAUUGUCAAGGACUAUCUUGCCGCGCUGAACAACGUGUUACUGGCCCUGCUGACUGCUGCCCUCUUUCCCCACCACUUCACCCUCAGUGGCCUCUUCCUCCUCUCCCUGCUGGUCCUGCUGUGCGGCAUCUGGCUCUACGAGAGGAAGACCCUGCCUGUUUCCUCCGCUCUGAACCGCAUCAAGUCAUGGUUCUCGUUAGUGGGAUGGUGACGGAGGGUGAAGGAAGGAGGCCGCUUCUGCAGUGCACCUCCACUACUUUGAAAAGACUAGUUGAAGUAGCGCGUUUCUAAUAGUGUUUUUACGAUUCUAGUGACAGAUUAAGAUUUCUACAUUAUUAACAGUGUAAACAGACCGUGGGACGAGGGAGAGGAGGAAGCACACUGACACUCAGCGCCGGAAAUUGUUGUUGACUCGUGCUUGCACCACGGCACCUUGUUUGCAUUGGCAUUGGUAAAGGACAGAGUCGCUGCGGCAUCCACGUUUCACCGACAGAGAUAAUACAGAAUGUUAUAGUCUGCCCUGAUAUUAUUCAUCCAAUGCGUCGUGAGAAAACGUUAUUAUUUUGAGGGUAACUAAUUUGUAUUUAAUCGAACACUCGCUCUGUCUGUGUGUGUGUGUGUGUGUGUUGUAAAGGAAUAAAAAGUUAUUUUCCUUU